ACUAUGGACCAUUUUCUUUGAAGCCCAUUGCUCUCUCUUUCUCCGCCGCACACUCUGCCAUGGCUCCGCCGAGAAUCCUUCUCUGCGGCGACGUUGCCGGCCGUCUUAACCAGCUCUUCAAACGCGUUUCUACGGUGAGCAAAGCGGCGGGUCCGUUCGACGCGCUGCUGUGCGUGGGGCAGUUCUUCCCGAACGCGGCGGAGGAUUUGGAGGAAUUUAAUGGAUACAUUGAAGGCCGCUCCAAGAUUCCUCUUCCGACCUACUUCAUUGGCGACUACGGCGUAGGCGCGCAGAAGACCCUCUCGGCGGCUUCCAGGGAACUGGGGAAUCAAGGGUUUAAGAUGGAUGGAUUGAGAGUAUGCAAUAAUUUGUACUGGCUGAAAGGCAGUGGAAGAUUCACUCUUCAUGGUUUAUCUGUGACCUACUUAUCUGGUAAGAAAUCUGAAACUGGUUCUCAAGUGGGCACAUACAGCCAAGACGAUGUUGAUGCACUGAGAGCUUUAGCUGAGGAGCCCAGAGUCGUAGACAUAUUCCUCACAUAUCCUUUUCAUGUCUGAAUGGUUUGUCUUUUCUUGCUC